AUGCCAAGCCAAUCCCAUCCCCGAGACCGACCCGACAGACGGGACCGGGAUCGGGAGCGCGACCGCGACCGCGCACGCGAGCAAGAGCGCUCCCGCCGUCGAGACCGCGACCGCGACCGGGAGCGCGAGUACAUCCGCGGCCGCUACGAAGACCCCGACGAAGGCGCAACGUCCAGCCCUGGCAACGCGCGCACGGCGAAAUACCGUUUCCGCGGGGAAUCAGGGUACGAGUCGAAUUCGUAUAACGAGCGCGAUGAUUACGACGAGGAGCGUGAGCGGCGCAAGGAGCGGAGACGCAGACGGAGGGAGGAAGAGGAUGAAGCGGCUGGUCUUGUUUAUGGGGUGAAGGAUUCGCCGGCUACGUCACCUACUAAACGACGGGAUCGAGAGAGGCGGUAUCGCAGGGAGGAGAGUGCGAGUGCGAGUCCUGUCAGAGAGAGACGGAGGGAUAUUGAUGUUGAUGCUGAGGCUGAGGCGCGGAGACGGAGGCGACGUGAGCGCGAGCGUGAAAGAGAAAGGGAGCGCGAGCGGGAUAUCGAUGCUGCUGCUGCUGCGGCGUCGGCGAGAAAACAUCGCAGCACGGAGUCUUCGAGUAGUGCUGCGCAUCUCUUGAGUGUGGAUGCUAUGGCGCGUCUCGCUGCUGAGCAGGAGGAUGCGGAUCGCAUGGAGCGGUCUCGCGCAGAAGAGGAGGCGCGUCGGGAACGUCGGCGGCAGAAGAAGCGAGCUGCUCUGGAUGGUGCUGCUGGUGCGGGACUUGGUGCGGAAGUUGCACAGGGCCGCUCACGCCAUAAAGCGGGCGCGCGAGUUGUGUCGGGUGCGUAUUUGGAAGAAGGGCAUAGUUCUGACGCUCGGGUUCGUCGUCGUGGCGGUGGUGGACCUGCUAUGGAAGAUCAUUGGAAAGACGAAGACAGCUGGGAAGGCAGCUUGGACAGCCGUGGAGGACCACCGGCUUGGAAAUUUUGGUCCAAUUGGUCGAGAAAGAAACGUAUCUUGGUCGGAUGUCUACUGGUGUUGCUUCUCUUGCUUGCUAUCAUCAUCCCGGUUGCAAUUGUUGUGUCAAAAAAGCAAGGCUCAGAUUCAAAAGAGAGUUCCUCGGGCUCCGAUGAGAGUUCUACCACCUCUAAUUUGGGCAGUAUCAGCCGCGACAGCAUACCGAGUUACGCCAAAGGCACCGUCUUGGACCCAUUUACGUGGUAUGAGACCAAAGGGUUCAACCUCACGUUCACAAAUGACACUGUGGGUGGUCUUUCCGUCAUGGGAAUCAACUCGGAUUGGGAUGACUCUGCCCGGGCGAACGACAAAGUGCCUCCGCUUAACAAGCCGUUCCCUUACGGCACACAGCCGAUCCGCGGAGUCAAUCUAGGCGGGUGGCUGUCUAUCGAACCCUUCAUUACCCCGUCCUUGUUCAGCGAGUGGCCAUCCAGUGCUAGUAUCAUUGAUGAGUAUACCUUGACUAAAAAGCUCGGAAGCUCUGCGGCGCGCACCAUUGAGAAACAUUAUGCCGAAUUCGUCUCAGAGUCAGAUAUAGAAGAGAUCAAGGAAGCCGGACUAGAUCACGUCCGCAUCCCAUACUCCUACUGGGCCGUGACUACCUACGACGGCGACCCAUACGUCCCUAAGAUUGCGUGGCGUUAUCUCCUGCGCGCAAUCGAGUGGUGCCGCAAGCACGGGCUGCGGGUCAAACUCGACCUCCACGGACUCCCGGGUAGUCAAAACGGUUGGAACCACAGUGGCCAGCAAGGCAGCAUCAACUGGUUGACCGGCUCAGACGGUGCCCUCAACCGUAAGCGAUCACUUGAGAUUCACGACCAACUCUCGCAGUUCUUUGCGCAAGAUCGGUAUAAGAAUGUGGUGACAAUCUACGGCCUGGUAAACGAGCCACUGAUGCUGACCCUGCCCGUCGAGAAGGUCCUAGAUUGGACCCAGGAGGCAGCGGAACUCGUCCGCAAGAAUGGUGUCACUGCCACUCUUGUCCUUCACGACGGGUUCCUGAAUCUCGCCAAGUGGGACAACAUGUUCCAAACACACCCGGACAACAUGUACCUCGACACCCAUCAAUACACCACCUUCAACACGGGCGAGAUCGUCUUGAACCACACCGCGAAGGUCGACAUCAUCUGCAAUAAUUGGCAUCCCAUGCUGAAGGAAAUCAACACGACAACUUCUGGAUGGGGUCCGACCAUUUGCGGUGAAUGGUCGCAGGCAGAUACAGACUGCGCGCAGUAUGUGAACAACGUCGGCCGCGGUACCCGAUGGGAAGGGACCUACGAUACCAAUUCCAACACGGCAUAUUGCCCAACAGCGGACGAAGGAACGUGCAGCUGCGCAGAUGCGAAUAUGGAUCCAUCCAAGUAUACGGAUACAUACAAGAGGUUCCUGCAGAUAUAUGCCGAGGCACAGAUGUCUGCCUUCGAAACGGCAAUGGGAUGGUUCUACUGGACCUGGCGGACGGAGUCAGCCGCGCAGUGGAGUUAUCGCACUGCGUGGAAGAACGGAUAUAUGCCGAGCAAGGCAUAUAGUCCUUCGUUCAAAUGCGGCGAUACAGUACCGGACUUUGACGGUGCAGCGGAAAGUUUCUGA